UAAAUGAUCGAGACGUAAACCACAAGUUGUAUUCUGGUCAUGAAUAGCCGACAGGACGUCUCUAAAUAGCAUGCAACCAGAACGCAAAUCGUAUAAAUGAUUUAUGCAAGGCAAAAUAUACAACCAGUUCACCUUUUGUAUUUGGUGCGAAGUCGCAUACUAUACUCUGUUACCUUGGUUAGAAUCAUUAAAAGACGACAGAUAGCCUCGUAUGUUUUGAUGACGCCAUUAUGAUUGCCCGCCUUAAGAUCAGUGUAUUGCACAAGCAGAAACGUUGACAGUUGAAUGUGAGUGUCUAUGGAAAUCAGCAUUUGCAAAGCUGCAGGAUCUUCAUUUCACGAAAAGAAAAGGUAAAUUUGUUUGCAGAGGUUGGACUGCAGCAUGGAAUAAAAAGACUUAAACACGACAAAUUUUAAAGACAAGAAUGGGAAUUUGAGAUUAAAACAAGCUUUAUGAAAGUAUUUUGUGUUGUUUCAUCAUGAUAGCAAUAAAUAACAAACUGAGAAAAGCGGGAGAACUGAUAGCGGAUAUGAUGCAGCGGGAAACGUAUAAUUUGUCCCGGAACGAAAGCAGAAGAACUGAAAAUAAAACAUCGAAAGACGGCCUGGCAUUUCCAGACAAAGUCAACCUCCAUGGUAGGCCAUGUUUAGACAUGAGUGUACAAGAGCUUGAAGUUAUUCCAAAACAGGUUUUCAAGGACUCAGAUUUAAGAAUACUGAAACUAAACGGAAAUUUUCUCCGUUCGAUACCAUUUGAAAUGACAAGACUGAGACACCUUGAAGAGUUGUAUCUACAAAACAACAACCUCGAAUUCCUGCCGGCACAAGUAUGCGCGUUGAUAAGUCUGCAAGUACUUGAUGUAAGCUACAACAGGAUUAGCAUGCUACCAUAUUCCGUAUCGCAUUUGAAGAAUUUGCGAGUGCUGGAUGUCGCCUAUAAUAAUAUCAAAAUGCUCCCAGAGAGUCUUCAUUUUCUGCAGUCACUUGAAGCUCUUAACAUCGACGGCAACAAUAUGGGACAAUUAACUGAUACACUUUUUAGCCUGCAUAACCUGAUUACAUUGAGCGCCAGAGACAACAACUUACAAACGCUACCAAAGCAACUUUCAAAGUUAAAAAAGCUUCGAGAACUUUGUUUAUCGGAGAAUCCAAUAUCAAAGAUCCCAGAUUCCCUGAAAAGUUUCCUUAGGAAAAUUGACUGCCUGGAAAUAGAUCACGAAUUACGUAUGAGCGACCUCAUGUUGUCAACAUCGCCUUUGCUAAUUUGCUUGAGAGGAGCGGACAAAGAGAAGUCAAAUUAUGAACAAGCAAAAAAAGUGAGACAGACUCCUGAAUUAAUGCCUUGCGAGCAAAACCCAGUGAAAGAGCUUUCUGCGAGUUAUGAUGAUGAUGAUGACAUGGUUUAUCAUUUCCAGUCAUACGCAUUUCCAGGUGCAGAGGAGAAACCAGAUAAAGAAACAGCUAUUUAGUUCUACCUUUGUAUGCUAGUUGUAUAGAAGUAUGUAAUAUUUUGUCAUGAAGGUGUAAAGGCUUUUUACAGUGUCGUUUAACUUCCCUACAGCUGUUUUUGUUCUUGAACAGUUAGCUUUCUUAAAAAGAUACGAAUAAUUUUUGCCUUAAAAACAGUAUCAUAAAAGAUGCUUCGGCUUGAACUGUAUACUAAACAUCCCAGAUACAUGGGUGUGGGGGAUGCUUAGGGGGGUUGCAGCAGGGACGCCGGAACGACCAAGGGGGAAAGGGGACAGGUUUCAAUAAAAAAGGUAUAUGAAAAAAGGUUCUACUAAAUCUCUUAUAGAAUCUUUUGUAGAACCUGAUCGUGUUUCGAUAUUCUGUAGGCAACUUGUGAAUGGGCUAACUGCUGUCAUGAGCGAGUUUUGAGAAAUUUUGCCGUUAAUAAAGCACUACUGUAAGGAUUUCAAAUAAACUAUUUAGUUAUUACAAAAGGCCGAUGUCUAAAUGCACCUUUGCUCCCUUUGCCCCUCAUAUCGAAGGACAAGAUGGGUGGUUGCCCCCCCCACGACUCUCUUCUCCACGACCCCCACGAACCCCUUUACGAUCGCAUACUCUUUCCCCUACACGCGUAUCAAUAUUUAAAACGAGAAAAUAUUCCAGCCAAGCACUUAUACAAACAUUUUAAAAUCAAGAGCUCCUAUCCUAGUUUUCAAGCAUCUUAGCGAAGAAAUUCGGUUGAUUAUACGCCAAGAAAGCUAUCAUUGCUAAUGGCUGUGUUUUCCUAAGCAACAACAUAUAUUAGGGAUUCCCAGUCGGCGAUUUAAAAAUCUUC